AUGUCUUCCUCAGUUCAGGGGCGGCCCUCUGGAGGGCGAUCGGCUAAUAUUAAUAGUAAUCCCACUCACCACAAGAGUAAUCCUAAGAAUUCGACGCGCAAACCGCAGCGAAUUCGUCUGACGAACAAAGCGCUCGAAUCGCAGCAGUUUUCGACCCUUCGCCUGCCCCGCAAGGGCGAGAGCGUCGUGCCGAAGGUGAACGUCGACGCGAUCUUCGCCGACCUCGGGGAGGGGGGCUCGGGCGGGGCGAAGGCCGCGAACUUCGCGUUUGACCCCAUCCCGGACGACGGGAUGUUCGACGUGGUGGAGAAGAGCGCGUACUGGCCGCCGCCUUCUCUGGCGGCGUUGGUGGCCUCGACCGGGAUCGCGGUGGAGGGCGGCGACGGCUUCGACUCGUACAACCGCCUCGAGGACGACGCCCAGGGCCGGGAAAGGGUCGAGAAGGUCAAGAAGAUCGUCGGUGAGCUCAAUCACCCGCGCGGGAAGCCACGGCAGAAUAAAAUUCUCAAACUUGAGCCCUCCAGCGCCAGCGAGGACGAUGAGGAGGAGACGGAGAAGUAG